AUGGCAAUGGAGAUCUCUUCGGAGGAGGAAGCGGCACCGGAUGCCGUCGGCUCUUCCCUCGGUCUUGCAGGAGCUGUCGUUGCCUCUGAGUCCAGCUCUUCCAGCAGACAAGGCACGUUUGGCCUGCAAGCUUCUCUUCGGCGGUUCUUCCAGCCCUCUCACCCAGAAGCUCAGAAGCCAGUGCGGUUCCUUCCCGGCAAGCAGGGCGGUCGGCCCCUCUCUCGCGAGAUGAAGCAGAUCAUCGCUCAAGUAGCUGAAAAGCAAGCUCUCGAACAGAAAGCUCUCGACGAAGCUUUGAUAGCUCGAGAGAGCGAAGUGCAAAGCAAGAAGCGGUACUACGGAGGCCGCCCCAAAGGCAGGAGCUCUGGGAGAAGCGAUCUCCCAGUUGCCGUGCGGGCAGCUCUCGUGCAGGAGAUGGAACUCGCUGUUGCAGGCGACCGCUUCUCUGACGAAACGGAGUUCUUCAGUUACUUCGCCAAGAAGUUCGCUCUGCCGAAGAAGCGAGUCAAGACUCUGUGGCUGCAGCGGAGCUUGGUCAAGAAGACCUCUCAAAAGAACAAACUCUCACGCAAACCCCACCGCUACACUGGUGCCAAGGGCACCAAGAGGUCGCAUCUCAAGCGUGCGUACAGAGGCUUUCGUCUGCCAGGAGCGGGUCGGAAGCACUCUUUCCCCGACUUGGUGGACAAGGCUCGUGAGUGGUUCAACGAGAUGCGCUCUUACGGGAACCAGGUGCUUCGAGUGGACCUCUACAACUACUACAUCCACCUCAUGGAGAUGGACAAGAUACGGGUGCAGGCGGAUCUCUCUGAUCCGAAGCUGCUGCAGCCAAAGCGGACGCCUCUGCAGGUGAGGCUCUCGGAGCUGGACAAGCAGCUGGCCUCUCAGAAGAAGAGCGACAAAGCCAAAGAGUCUCUGAAAGGUCGUCUCGAGAAGUGGUGCUCUGCAAGGAACUUGAGGCCUCACCUCGUCACCAAGCUCACGCCUCUCCAAGAGCAGUCGAGAUGCCACUUGACGUGGCAAUCUUUCGACAGGGCUCUCUGGCUUGCUGCCUGCUCUGACGAGGAGACUCUGGGGAAGCACGUCUCUAAGCCAAAGCAGUUCUUGGAACACAGAGCCUCUCUCGCGAUCCUUUUCGCCGAUCAAAUUCCGCUCUGGGUAAAGGCGGGUGCCGAGAGGUCUCUCUUCGCCGAGUGGGCGGACGUGGACUCUGGUCUGGUUGUGCAGCACCCAGACUCUUCCGGAGAGCCUCUCGCGGACCGCUUCCGCCUCACUUACGAAGCCCGGCAGGUCUUGUUGAACUACAACUCUCCGGGAACGCCGCCGACUGGCCUCUGUUACAAAGGUCUCAUCAUCAUCAGCGGGCCUCAUGCCAGACUCUCGAACAUCUCUCAGGACGGCAAGUGGCUCUGCGAUGAGACCUUUGAGUGGAGAGGGAACCUUGUCUCUCACAAGAAGGGCACCUCUGUUGGCAGGCUCAUGGAGCCAUGGAGAGCUCUGCGAGCCCAGAAGCCGCACCUCUUUGAGCACGUCUCUGUGAUGAUGCAACCGAGCUCUAAUGCCGACAGCAUCAUACUCUCCUGGGUGGCCCAGGAACUCUCAGAGGCGUUUCCAGCUCUGCUGGUGCAGAGGGACUGCCUGGGAGCCUCUUUCACAGAGUCUGUCUCUGGUGCCCACUUCUUGGGGAACACGAUCCAGACUCUGGUCGCUCCGAAGAUGACGGCCUCUCUCCAGUUGACGGACACAGACUUCUCUCGCAGAUUCAAGUCUCUGUGCCGCACCUCUAUGGCGGAGAGGAGGUCUCUGGGCCAGAAGGCUCUGACAGAGAGCGGCAAAUCCUCUGUCUGGGCUGCCUCUGUGGAGGACAUCUGCGAGACCAUCGUCUCUGCCCAGAAAGCCUGUGCCGAGGAUGCCUCUGACUGGGUGCUCUCAGGGCUUCGGCGGAAUGGCAUGCUGGCCUACCGCCCUCUCGACGGCAAGCUCCAGCCGGCGGAGCUCUCCACGCCCUCUUUCAAGGACCUGCCGCAGGGCUCUGCAAGACUGCGAAGCGAAUGGCUGGAACCACGCUUUGGCUGGGUGCAGGAUGGAAUCCCCUCUGAACCAGACUGGUCUCUGAUUCCUGGCACGGCCGCUGCCCAGGAGCUCUUGGACUGGGACGUCGCUCACGGCGACAAGAACUCUGAGGAGGACUACUUCUGUGACAUGGACUCUCUGCCACCAACUCUUCGGUGGAACUGCUUCGAGAGCGGCGUUCUCAAGCUCCCGCCAGCUCUCUUGCAGAAAGCCUGGAAGAGGGAAGCUUCUCUCGCGGUGGAGGAGAAAGCGAGAAUCCUCGCAAAGAAAGCUGAGAGACAGCUCGUCUCUCAAGCCAAGCGGUCUGUCUCUGAGAAGUUCAAAGAGGCGAUGCGGCUCAAGCUGAAGGACAUCUCUCGCCAGCAAGCUCUCGCUCUCCACGUCCCUGAAGCAGGGAAGGCGAAAGCCAAAGCGAAGCCUGCCUCUGGGAAGGCCGGCUCUCUGACGAAGGCUCUGAAGAAGGGACUCAAGAAGAGCUCUCUAAAGAAAGCUGCCGCUCUGUUGGCGGGCUCUCAGAAGAAGGUCCAGGAGCUGAUCUCUGCACCAGAGCCUCCGAAGACUCUGCAAGGCCCUCUCUUCGGCAAGCAGGUCCGCAUCGUGGCGGAGCUCUCGCCCUCUCACCUUGUGGGCCAGGAGGGCAAGGUCUCUUCGCACCUCUCUCAGAAGCUGACUCUGCCGAGCUUUGGUCUGGCCUGUGCAACUCUGAACCUCUCGGAGAAGGAUGUGAUGCCUCUCUCCGAGAGCUGGACAAAGUCUCUGGAGUGGCAGCCUCUGCGGCUCUCCAGACUCUUCAAGAAGGAGGUGCUCUUGAACUGUGGUCUCUGGUGCGAAGACGACUCUUUCGUGCCGGAGCCCGUGGAGGUUACUCUUGCCAAGAAGCCGAAGAUGCUCUUGGACCAGCAAAUGAAUGCUGCCUGGGCUCUCGUCCGCCACCACUUCGAGCAGAAAGGAGAGAGCCUCUCGGACGUGUUCUUCGUGGACGCCUUCCUCUCCAGCUUUCUCUUGCAACACGAGAAAAAGGAGUACCUGAUCGCUCACCUACAGACGCAAUGGCAGGAGCACAACCUCCUCUUCAUUCCGAUCUACACACGGAAGCCAGACCACUGGACGCUGCUCGUCCUCCAGAAGGGCUCUGAGGGCGAACCGCCCAAAGCUCUCCUCGCCGACUCUCUGAAGAAAGACAAAGCUCCGACAGCAUGUGCAAAUGAGCUGAAGGGUCUCUUAGCCGACGUGGACAAGUCGCCUCUCACCGACUACCCGACGGUGACCCAGACCUCUGACGACUGCGGCUUCUUCUGUCUCGCCGUGAUGGUGGAGUACCUCUCCCUCCGCCGUGGCGAAGGGCCCAAGCAGAGGGGCUCUCAGCACUCUCUAGUGGCGGAUCUGAAGACCAAACUGUCGACCUUCACCUCUCAGCUGAAGGCCGAAGUCAAAAAGCUCUCGGACGAGAAGGAGGAAUAUCUCAUGGACCAGGCCGUUCAACUCAAGAAGGCCUCUGACAAGGCGAAACUCUUGGCGAAAAAGGCCGAGGCGGAAAAGGGCGAACUCUCGGCUUUGCAGAAGGCUGCUCUCAAGGUCCUGAAGGAAGGUGCUCCACCGGAUGUCUCUGAUUUGGGCAAAGAAGCCCUCGUGGACAUCGAGCGGAUCAAGACUCUCGGAGAUCCAGGGGUGUGCUCUCGCUGUCACUGGCAGAGCGGCUGUGCCUCUUGCGAUGUCUUUAAGUGCACUCGCUUCCACGUGCGAGAGCUCUGCCGCACUCUGGGCAAGAAGCCCCCAGCUUGGGCUCUCUGA